GGGCGUGUGGUACGGCCGCAAGAUGAGCUCGGACAGCAGUGUGCAGGCAUCGCGUAUCAGCAUCGAGAAUCACCACAAGCAUGAUGCAGCACACUUCCUCAUGAAGCUGUUCAUAGCCAACCGCAACCUGCCGCUCUGGAUGGGCGUCGGCUCCAUGACCGCGACCUGGGUGGGCGGCGGUUACCUGAACGGCACAGCGGAGGCUGUCUACAGGAGCGGAAUCCUUCACUGCCACGCCCCUUUGGGCUACGCAACCAGCCUGGUUUUAGGCGGCACUUUCUUCUCGAGCAAGAUGCGUGCGACCAAGCCGCUGACGAUGCUGGACCCGUUCCAGCACCGCUAUGGCCGAUGGAUGGCGCUGCUGCUCUGCUUCCCAGCCGUUGUCGGCGAAGUCUUCUGGACUGCCGCCGUUUUGGCAGCACUCGGUGACACCGCCGGCGCUAUCAUUCAGGUGGACGUACGCUUCUCCAUCAUUGCCUCCGCGCUCGUGGUGUUCUUCUACACGUCGCUGGGCGGCGUCUACGUAGUCACACACACCGACGUGCUCCAGCUUGCCAGCACGACCGUCUGCCUGUGGAUUUGCGUGCCUUACUGCCUGCGCAACCACGCCGUCGGCUUGAUCGGGCCUCCGCACAACGACUGGCUCGGCACCAUCCCGUCUCGCCAAAUGAGCCAGCUUUUCGACGCCUUCCUGAUGACCGCGCUCGGAGGUAUCCCGUGGCAGGUGUACUUCCAGCGCGUGCUAAGCUGCGAGAGCGACUUCGACGCCCGGAUGCUCUCGUACUUGGCCGCCGUGGGAUGCAUCGCACUGGCCAUUCCGCCCGCCGUCAUCGGCGCAGUGGCAAAGAGCACGAACUUUACGGCGGCCGGCUACCCGGGUCCGCACAUUCUACUCGACAAGGACAUCGUCAGGGUACUUCCGUGCUCCAUCCGAUAUCUCACUUCCGGUUCGGUGUCCAUCAUGGGCUUGAUCGGCAUCGCGGCGGCGAUAAUGUCGUCGGCGGACUCUUCCAUGCUCAGUGCCUCCUCCAUGGUCACCAAGAACAUCUACAAGUCUUUGCUUCGGCCCAUGGCUUCCGACGUCGAGGUGUCCAUGGUCUUGCGAAUCAUGGUGUUCGCCAUCGGGUCUUGGGCCACCUACUUGGCGCUCUCCGUGGAUUCCGUGUUCCAGCUGUGGUUGUUCUGCUCGGACAUCGUCUACGUGCUGUUGUUUCCGCAGCUGAUCUGCGUCCUCUAUUUCCAGAACAGCAACACAUACGGCUCCUUGUUGGCUUUUUCCGUCGGCGUCGUCUUCCGCUGGCUGUGCGGCGAGCCGUCGAUGAACGUGCCGGUGACCAUCAGGCUGCCGCUGUACGACGAGGAGCUGGGCCAGCAGUUUCCGUUCCGGCUCACCUGCAUGCUCCUCGUCCUGCUCACGCAGCUGCUGGGCUCCUACUGCGCCUCUCUGGCCUUCCAGGGAGGCUGGCUGCCGCAGUGCUUCGACGUCUUCAACUGCUUUUCCUCCGUGCAGCACGCCGAGCACAAGCACGCGGCCAAGCUGAGCGAAUCGAGCACCACCAAGGCUUCGGAUGUUGUGGCUCCGACGCUCAACAAGGACGAUGACGCUCGCAGACUCGGGAGACCCGGCGGCGUAGACGCUUCUAAGAGCCGGAGUGCCGCCGACGCUUCGUCCAAGGUCAAGAGAACCAGCUCUAUCGACGUUUCUUUGAGGGCCAGGAGAUCUUCUUCGAGACUCAGCAGGAAAGCCAGCGCCGCGUCCGAGAGAACCGCCGCGUCGACGAACCCCGCGACCAAGCCUGACGGCGGCGUCGCGCAUCGCGGCUCCGAUGCGAAGACGCAGCCGAGAAAGGACAGCGUCAAGUUCAUGACCAUGUCGGACAUUUGGGCCGACUCCAAGACGGCGGAGAGCAAGCGGGAGGGCAAUAAAGCGAGCGAGUCGUCCAAGACGCCCUCCAAAAAACUUCGCCGUUCCAGUAGCCGAAGCAACAUCAAGGUGAAGUCGGAGGAGGGCGCCGUGUCCAAGAGCGACGGCCGGCCUCCCGAAGAAGGGGAAGCGCGACGUUCACAAGCACCGCAGCCCGGACCAACAAUUCUUGCUGCGGGGCGUCUCUUCGAUUUUUUCUUUGUUUACGUGUCUUAG